GUUUAUCUCAUCGUACAGCUUGCCAUGGAAAAUUGACUUUCGGAUGUCUGAUUUAUUUUUCAAAAUCAGGCCGACAUCAACGGCAAACUCACCAUCGAAGAGUACUUUUUGGCUCCAAAUUUAACCCCAUUCGUAACUUGGUGAUCUAAAUUAAAGUCUAAACUCUCUGAGCGCCAUGAGGGAGAUCGUACAGUUACAAGUAGGGCAAUGCGGAAAUCAAAUUGGCACAAAGUUCUGGGAAAUAAUCGUGGACGAGCAUGGCGUCGAUUUGGAAGGAAUAUACCGUGGGGAGUCUGAUCUCCAGCUGGAACAAAUAAACGUCUUUUUCAACGAAGGAACUGAUGGAACUUACACGCCCCGGGUCAUUCUGGCUGACCUAGACCCAGUCUCUUUGAACUCCGUGAAAUCCGGAUCUCACGGGAAGUUGUUCAAGCUGGAGAACUUUGUCUCUGGAAAAGCUGGUGCCGCGAACAAUUGGGCAAAGGGUCAUUUCACGGAGGGUGCGGAACUGGCUGACCAGGCUUUGGAUAUGAUUCGGAAAGAAGCUGAAAGCUGUGACCUUCUUCAAGGAUUUCAGAUCCUUCACUCCAUCGGCGGAGGCACGGGAUCGGGGAUGGGGACCCUGCUGAUGAAGAAAAUGGAAGAGGAAUAUCCAGAUCGCGUGCAGACUUCGUAUUCGAUCGUCCCAUCCCUGAAAACCUCGGAGAUAGUCGUCGAGCCGUACAACGCGACCUUGACGCUUCGAAACCUUGUGGAAAUUACCGAGGAGACAAUUUGCAUGGACAACGAGGCUCUUCACGAGAUUUGCUCGAGCUCUUUGAAGCUCGUGUCACCAACGUACAGCGACCUCAAUCACCUCAUCUCGUCGUGCAUGGCUGGUAUCACAACCUGCCUCAGAUUUCCUGGACAAUUGAACGCCGACUUGAGGAAAAUUCUCGUCAACAUGGUACCUUAUCCAAGAGCGCAUUUCUUCGUACCCGGCUAUGCACCACUCAGUUCACGUAGUGCAGCCCCAUUUUGCGUUCCUUCCGUUCCUGAACUUACCCAACAAAUGUUCGAACCGAGAAAUAUGCUGGCGGCUUGCGACCCCUCCAAAGGUCGUUUUUUGACGGUAGCUGCGAUAUUCAGAGGGCUCGUCUCGACCAAGAUCGUCGAGGAACAGAUGCUAAAUGUCCAGAACAAAAACAGCAAGUAUUUCGUACGCUGGAUACCGAACAGCAUUAAGACCGCCAUCUGCGAGGUCCCACCCCGCGGUUUCAAGGCCAGCGCUACCUCCCUGUCGAACAACACGGCGAUUCAGAAUAUAUUGAAAAGAAUUACCGAACAGUUCAAUACGAUGUACCGAAGAAAAGCUUACGUACAUUGGUACACCACUGAGGGAAUAGAUGAGGAAGAUUUUACCAACGCGGUUAAUUCGGUGCAGGACCUCAUUUCCGAAUAUCAACAGUACCAAGAGGUGGAACCCGGCGAUGAUCUCAUCGAAGAGGAAAGUGACGAGGGGGAAGAGACUGAGGAGGAUAAAGAGGGUGACGGAUUAGCGGGUGCACAGAGCGAUGGGUGA